CGAGAGAAGCAUCUAUCAAGAGUCGUGAACUAGCCCGGCCCAACACAUAAAGGGCCAAUUCACCACUCGCUCGGAACCUAGAAAAAAGGCGACUGUUAACAUCGCCGUGAGAUCGAACUGUGAUCGGAAAAUGGCAGCUCUGAAGGAGCUACAGCGUGACCUUGAGAACAAGGCCAACGAUCUCAACAAGCUACAGAAAGAUAUAUCGAAAAAUCAUCAAGUCAGAAAGAAAUACACUAUUCAGCUCGGCGAGAACGAGCUUGUCCUCAAGGAAUUGGAUCUGUUGAAUGAGGAUGCGAAUGUGUACAAAUUAAUUGGUCCCGUGCUAGUGAAGCAGGACCUUGCAGAGGCGAAUGCUAAUGUUCGCAAGCGAAUUGAAUACAUUUCAGCUGAAUUGAAGCGCUUAGAUGGUACUCUUCAGGAUUUAGAAGAAAAGCAAAACAGCAAAAAAGAAGCGAUUUUCAAAGUACAACAGAGAAUUCAGUCACUUCAGACUGGAAAAGGCAAGGCGUGAAAUGCUUGAAUCUGCAAACGAGCAUCAUUAUCCGCUUGAUUGGAUUACAGAUUUCCCCGUUGAUAAACUCUUCAUUUGUAGGUAACUAAGUAAUGAAAAUUCGUAUCUCCAUCCAUGUAAGUUGUGAGAAUCGUUAUUUAUCUUCACGUUUUACACAUUAUUGAAAUUGUCUGUUUAAGUGAAAGAAUAUUGCCCCUCUGAAUCCUCCCGUGAUUCGUUUCGCACAUUCUGUGGCCUUGCUUAAAUAGAAUUGUUUUAGCUGCUGGACCCAUAAGCAUUUUUAGUGCUGCUUGUUUUGACUUGAAUCUAACUAAGAGGGAAUAAUCUAAUACUAAUUGUGCGGUUUUGAGGUCUAAAAAAAUAAUUAGAUAAGCAGAAACAUUAGAGAAUAUAAGGAAGCUUUAAGGUGAAGUUGUGGCUUUAUGAUAGGAAGGAAUAAAACAGCAAUAAGAUGUUCUUCAGAUCUGAAAGGAACAUAUUGUGACCACUGGCAGUAAUGGCUGAAUGCUGAAUGCGCUUGGAGAGAGCGUAAAUAUUAAUCAAAUAUUAGAUUGGGAAUUUAUCUUUUUGUGAAAGGAGGAAUAUAUUUGAGGUAUUUAUUAAUCAAAUAUUAGAUUGGGAAUAUUAGAUUGCCAUAGAAAGAAAUGUGAUUUG